GCCCAGUAACUCCCAACACCUAAUAACUCUCUUUACUACAUUGAAAACACCCCAUUUACAACAGCGCAUUAUCACAGUCCCCGCCAUGCCUGUCGCGAAAGAGCAAGUCGGCGACGUACCUGAAGGCCUAGUUCCAGCCAUCAAACUUGAACCUCCGCCUGGGUUCGAACAAGAUGAGUGGGAGCAGCUUACCGAUGGAUUUGCGUGUGAAGCUGACGAGAUUGACGGUAUCUUAGAUCAAAGAGGUAGUGGGGGUUCACGAAAAGGCCGACCUAUCAAUUUGAGCGUCCCCUAUACUGGCUCUCUGAGUGGUAGCGCCCGUGCUAUUGCUCAACGUGAACGCAAAGCUCUUUUCGAUAAAGAGGAGAAGGUACUUGAAAGCGUUAGAACAGCCGACCGCUCCGCGAAGUACCAACUGAAGAAAUCGCUUUUGCAACAGCCUAAGUAUAAAUUAGCAAAUAGUGCUAGACAGGCUAAGCUGCUAGAGAAAGAGUGGGAUAUACUUUCAGAGAAGCGGUUUACCCAGAAAAAGUCUGUGGCGAAGGAUAUACUAGCAAUACCAAUUGCUCAGGUUGGGGUUGAAAGAGUUUUCAAUGUUGCUAAGGAUGUUAUUGGUAGUCGGAGGCACCGACUAUCUGCCCGGACAAUACAGCAGAUAAUGGUUCUUAAGGAUACAAUAUCUCAAGAGGAAGAACAGGGUCUAGACUACCUAGUUGCUCAAUUAGGGGAGGAUGGAGAGCCAAUUGACGAGGUUAAUGAUCUUUUUGAGCUUCCAGCCUCGUUAGAGCAUACCUUCGAUAUAGAUGAGGAGAACCAGACUACAGAAGAAGAGUCGGAGGAAGAGGUCCAGGAGGAGCGUCAAUUGCCACCUCGAAAGCGCCAGCGUCCUCAGCGCUACCGUGAUAAUUAGCUGUGUUAAUAUAUCUCGUUUUAUGUA